UCCAACAGGUGGAGUCUCAACAAGUAGGAGGAAGUGGCCUGGCAGGUGGACACCUGCUCUUAGCAAGCUCUUUCCUUGUCAGAUUUCUCCCCGGGUGUUUGUGGACCAGCUUUUUAUUUUCAAUAUGCCUUGUAAAAGAAGAGAGAAAUUUUCAGCAGAGAAGGGAGGUAAACGAUGUCAGGGACAUGACUGGCUGGUUGCUGAACCAUGAAACUGACCAGGGGGAAACCUCCUUCCUGUGGAAUUCACAUGAGAAUCAAAGAGACGGGAUUGAGCAGAGAUGAAAAAGGAAGGGAAGGCACGGCGGAAAAAGAAAGAAGACAAGAAACGAGUGGUGGUCUCCAACCUGCCCUUCGAAGGAUGUGCCCACAAAGAGAACCCCAACAGACAUUACCGCGGGAAUCAAAUUAAGACCAGCAAGUACACUGUGCUGUCCUUCGUACCCAAGAACGUCUUUGAGCAGCUACACCGGUUUGCCAAUAUCUAUUUCGUGGGCAUUGCUGUUCUGAAUUUUGUCCCCGUGGUCAAUGCUUUCCAGCCUGAGGUGAACCUGAUACCCAUCUGUAUCAUCCUGGGGGUCACUGCCAUCAAGGAUGCUUGGGAAGACUUCCGGAGGUACCAAUCCGACAAAGUGAUCAACAACCGAGAAUGCCUCGUCUACAGCAGAAAGGAGCAGAGCUACGUGCAGAAGCGCUGGAGGGAUGUGCGUGUGGGAGACUUCAUCCAGAUGCGAUGCAAUGAGAUCAUCCCGGCCGACAUUCUCCUCCUCUUUUCCUCGGACCCCAGUGGGAUCUGCCACCUGGAAACGGCCAACUUGGACGGAGAGACAAACCUCAAGCAAAGGCGUGUGGUGAAGGGCUUCUCUCAGCAGGAGGCCCAGUUCAAACCAGAACACUUCCACAACACCAUCGUGUGUGAGAAACCCAACAACCGCCUCAACAAAUUUAAGGGUUACAUGGAGCAUCCUGACCAGACCAGGACCGGCUUUGGCAGUGAGAGUCUUUUGCUCCGAGGCUGCACCAUCAGAAACACCGAGGUGGCUGUUGGCAUUGUCAUCUAUGCAGGCCACGAGACGAAAGCCAUGCUGAACAACAGCGGCCCGCGGUACAAACGCAGCAAGAUCGAGCGCCGCAUGAACACGGACAUCUUCUUCUGCAUCGGGCUCCUCUUCCUCAUGUGCCUCAUCGGAGCUGUAGGUCACAGCCUCUGGAACGGGACGUUUAGGGAACACCCUCCCUUCGAUGUGCCAGAUGCCAAGGGCAGCUUCCCUCCCCUUGCCCUUGGGGGCUUCUACAUGUUCCUCACAAUGAUCAUCCUGCUCCAGGUGUUGAUCCCCAUCUCUCUGUACGUGUCCAUUGAGCUGGUGAAGCUCGGGCAAGUCUUCUUUCUGCACAACGACCUCGACCUGUACGAUGAGGAGACCGAUCUGUCCAUCCAGUGUCGAGCCCUCAACAUCACGGAGGACCUGGGCCAGAUCCAGUACAUCUUCUCUGACAAGACGGGGACGCUGACCGAGAACAAGAUGGUGUUUCGGCGCUGCACCAUCGUGGGCAGCGAGUACUCACACCAAGAAAACGCCAAGCGACUGGAGGUCCCAAAGGAGCUGGACUCAGACAGUGAAGAGUGGACCCAAUACCAGUGCCUGUCCUUUCCAGCCAGAUGGGCCCAGGGCUCAGCAGCAGUGAGGAGCCCAGGAGGCAUCCAGCCUCUGAGGAGAUGCCAGAGUGCCCGGGUACCCAUCCAGGGCCACUCCCGACAGAGGUCCGUGGGGCGCUGGGAAAACGCACAGUCUUCUGUGGCCUUCAGCAGCUCCAUCGAAAAAGACGUGACUCCAGAUAAAAACCUACUGACCAAGGUACAAGAUGCUGCCCUGUGGCUGGAGAACUUGCCAGACUCCAGACCUGCCAAGGCUUCCCUCUCCACCACCUCCUCCAUCGCUGACUUCUUCCUCGCCCUCACCAUCUGCAACUCCGUCAUGGUCUCCACAACCACUGAGCCCAGGCAGAGGGUCACCAUGCCACCUUCGACCAAGGCUCUGGGGACCUCCCUGGAGAAGAUCCACCAGCUCUUCCAGAAGUUGAAGUUUUCGAGCCUCAGCCAAUCAUUCUCCUCCACCGCGCCCUCCGACACCGACCUGGGGGACAGUUUGGGGACCACCAUGCCCACCACGGACUCGGAAGACAGAGACGACGCGUCUGUGUGCAGUGGAGGCUACUCGACUGAUACUGACGGCGGCUACAGGAGCAGCACAUGGGACCAAGGUGAGGCCCUGGCGUCUGGGUCGGGCACUUCCUUGGAGGAGGUGCUGGAGGACCCGGCCCUCGGCCCGGCCAGCCCCGAGCUCUGCUACGAGGCCGAGAGCCCCGACGAGGCUGCCCUGGUGCACGCCGCCCAUGCCUACAGCUUCACACUGGUGUCCCGGACGCCGGAGCAGGUGACCGUGCGCUUGCCCCAGGGCACCUGCCUCACCUUCGAUGUCCUCUGCACCCUGGGCUUUGACUCUGUCAGGAAGAGGAUGUCCGUCAUUGUGAGGCACCCGCUGACGGGCGAGAUCAUCCUCUAUACCAAGGGCGCCGACUCGGUUAUCAUGGACCUGCUGGAAGACCCGGCCCGCGUGACUGACACUGAUGUGGAAAAGAAGCUGAGGAAAAUCCGAGCCCGGACACAGAAGCAUCUAGACUUGUAUGCAAGAGAUGGUCUUCGAACGCUGUGCAUUGCCAAGAAGGUCCUAAGUGAAGAGGACUUCCGGCGAUGGGCCAGUUUCCGGCAUGAGGCCGAGGCAUCCCUCGACAACCGAGAUGAGCUUCUGAUGGAGACCGCCCAGCAUCUGGAGAAUCAACUCACCUUACUGGGAGCCACUGGGAUCGAAGACCGGCUGCAGGAAGGAGUUCCAGACACAAUCGCAGCUCUGCGGGAAGCUGGGAUCCAGCUCUGGGUCUUGACUGGAGAUAAGCAGGAGACAGCGGUCAACAUCGCCUACUCCUGCAAACUGUUGGAUCAGACCGACACUGUUUACUCCAUUAAUACAGAAAGUCAGGAAACUUGUGAAUCCAUCCUCAACUGUGCCCUGGAAGAAGUGAAGCAAUUUCAUGGACCACGGAAGCCAGAGCGCAAGCUCUUUGGGUUGCGCCUACCUUCUGAGACACCUCCCCCCGCCUCAGGAGCCGCAGUGCCAGAAGUUGGAUUGGUCAUCGAUGGGAAGACACUGAAUGCCAUUUUCCAGGGAAAGCUGGAGAACAAAUUUCUGGAGUUGACCCAGUACUGCCGGUCUGUCCUGUGCUGCCGCUCCACGCCGCUGCAGAAGAGCAUGAUCGUCAAGCUGGUGCGAGACAAGUUGAGCGGCAUGACCCUUUCCAUAGGUGACGGAGCAAAUGACGUAAGCAUGAUUCAAGCUGCUGACAUUGGGAUUGGAAUAUCUGGACAGGAAGGAAUGCAGGCCGUCAUGUCCAGUGACUUCGCCAUCUCCCGCUUCAGACACCUCAAGAAGCUGCUGCUGGUGCAUGGCCACUGGUGCUACUCCCGGCUGGCCAGGAUGGUGGUGUACUACUUCUACAAGAACGUGUGCUACGUCAACCUGCUCUUCUGGUACCAGUUCUUCUGCGGUUUCUCGGGCUCCACCAUGAUCGACUACUGGCAGAUGAUCUUCUUCAAUCUCUUCUUCACCUCACUGCCUCCUCUGGUCUUCGGGAUCCUCGAUAAAGACAUCUCUGCGGAGACACUCCUGGCGCUGCCCGAGCUGUACAGGAGCGGCCAGGACUCCGAGUGCUAUAACCUGAUGACGUUCUGGGUUUCCAUGAUGGAUGCUUUCUACCAGAGCCUCAUCUGUUUCUUUAUUCCUUACCUGACCUACAAGGACUCUGACAUCGAUGUCUUCACCUUUGGGACACCCAUCAACACCAUCUCCCUCGCCACAAUCCUCUUGCACCAGGCAAUGGAAAUGAAGACCUGGACCAUCAUCCACGGGCUGGUUCUCGUAGGCAGCUUCCUGAUGUACUUUGUGGUAUCCCUAGUGUACAACGCCACCUGCGUCACCUGCAACAGUCCCACCAACCCCUAUGGGGUGAUGGAAGUCCAGCUCUCAGACCCCACUUUCUACCUCGUCUGCUUCCUCACACCAGUCGUGGCUCUUCUCCCAAGGUACUUUUUCUUAUCUCUGCAAGGGACAUAUGGGGAGUCCCUGAUCACAAAAGCUCAGAAAAUUGACAAACUCCCCAAGGACAAAAGAGACCUGAAAAUCCAGAGUUGGAGAAGCAGACAAAUGCCGGUCCCUGGAGACGCUCAGCACACCCACCGUCCAGUGCCACCUGUCCCUGAACAGGACUUCAGAGCCAGCACCCCAAAGAGCUCCAGCCCUCCCAAGCAGAAGUAUACAGAGAACUGGGGUGUGCACGGAGAGAGAAGCAGCAGAGACCACAGGAGGGACAACCCAAGCUCAGCAGACACCUCAGCUAAACUCUCAUCCAAAGAUCACCUUCUUCUGGGGCCCAAUAGCAGGAUGGCGUCCGGGGCCUACCCCAGCGGGCAGACUGAUAAAUACCAGCGCUCGAGCAGGGGCAGCCAUCGCCGAUCCCAGAGUUCACUGACCAUCUGAGGGGCCUGCAGAAAUCUGUACAAACUUAUGGGAGGCCGCCCAAUCGCUGGCCUAAUUAACCCGACUCUUCCUCUCCAUGGAGGAAAGAAUGAGCCAGUCUUACUCUUUUCUCCCUGCCAGGCUUGACUUCAUUAGAGGAAGUACUGGCCCUAAGGGGGUCAAGCAAAAAAGGCUGGAAACCACUCAACCUCCAGUUUUCUCCUGCUGCCAGGCAGCACAUCUUGCAAACAGAGUUUCAUAAAGAGGCUAUGUUUCUAUGGCAUCGAGUCCUCAGAGACAUUCUUCUGAUCCUCUAGAUAAGUACAGCCUACAACCCAAUACAUACGUUUCCAAGAUUCCAAGAAAUGUAUAAACC